UCAAGAUGGCGCCGUGAGGAGACAAACAAAGGAGCUGCGUAUUAAAAGAAAUAUAUCUGGUUUUCUGGUUGUCAUUGUGACAGUGCUGUAAAGAUCAAGUAAUCACUUGUGUGAGUGUACACUGAAGAAAUGCUAGAACUUGAAGUAGUACCAGAAAGAUCUCUUGGAUGCGAACAGUGGGAGUUUAUUUUAGGAAUGCACUUCUCGCAGGCAGUUGCAAUAAUUCAGUCACAGGUUGGGAUAAUAAAAGGUGUUCAAGUCUUAUAUAGUGAUACGAAUCCUUUAGCUGUUGAUCUUGUAAUAAGCUUGCCACAGGAUGGUAUUCGGUUGAUAUUUGAUCCCAUAGUUCAGAGACUGAAGAUUAUAGAAAUAUAUAACAUGAAGCUCGUAAAGUUAAAGUAUUGUGGACUGACUUUCAAUUCACCAGAAGUUUUACCAAGUAUUGAGCAGAUUGAACAUUCAUUUGGGGCCACGCAUCCAGGUGUAUAUGACACUGAGAAACAACUGUUCAUGUUGAACUUUCGAGGUCUCUCCUUUUGCUUCCCUGUUGAAUCAAAGUUUCAGCCAGGAUAUGCCCAUGGUUUAGGUUCCCUGCAGUUCCCAAAUGGGUCAUCACCCGUGGUGUCACGCACAUCUGUGUAUACUGGCAACAAUCUUGCAGAGAGUCGAUCACCAGCACUGCCAUUGUGUUGUUAUCAUAAUCACUUGUACAUGGAACGGGCUGAGGUAUUGAGAGAACGCCUCCGCACAACAGGAAUACGCUUGUAUUUGUUUACAGAGGGUUCAUCCCGUCUCCUGGAACCACGGAAGCAAAAUCUUUGUCGGGAGGUUCUGUUUGGAGACACGUGCCAGGAUGUGGCUACAGCUCUUGGGGCACCUUCACGUGUGUUCUACAAGGCUGAGGAUAAGAUGAAGAUUCAUAGUCCAAAUGCCCAUCACCGUGUUGCUGCGCGAAGAUCAGACUUCUUCUACAACUACUUCACUCUCGGCAUGGAUAUUCUCUUUGAUGCUAAGACACAGAAAGUGAAGAAGUUUGUUCUGCACACAAACUAUCCUGGACAUUACAACUUCAACAUGUAUCACCGUUGUGAAUUUCACCUCACUGUUCCCCCAGAUACCAGGCAGCAGUCUUCAGAUGCUGGACAGCUCAUUGAUGUAUCACCACCAGGACCUAUUAUGAUCUCAGCGUACACCAAAUGGGACACCAUUUCGGAGCAACUGAAGCCAAGUGAAAGGCCAGUGGUGCUGAACAGAGCGAGUUCAACAAACACUACAAAUCCUUUUGGUUCAACGUUCUGCUAUGGUUACCAGGAUAUAAUAUUUGAGGUGAUGCCGAACAACUACAUAGCAUCUGUGACAUUGUAUGCUGGCGAACGUUCCAAUCCAGAUGUAUGACGAUGGCUUUCUGCCACCUACCUCGUGCUUCAAGGAAGGUACUGGCAAUUCUGACGACUUAACAGACAAAUAGAAAAAUGAAUAUCAUCUCAACAGAUAGAGCCUGCAGUGUACCAUUUCAUGAUUACAGUCUACAGCAAGGUUGUCUGUAAAAUUGUGCUGCUGUGCUUUGACAUCGGUA